AUGAUAAAAUUAAGUACUAUUUCCCUUCUCACCAUGUAAUUGCUAUAGAAAAUUACUUCAAGUCGAAAGCAGUUUCCUAAAUAAACAAAGUUGUUUUCGUUUUCGAUUAAACCAACAAAUAGCAAAUUGAUUUUACUGAAUUUUUCAAACAAGAAAUCUUUGAUAAAGUAUUUGAAAAAAAUCUCUUUCUUAAUUUAGACUUAUCUAAUCCUGAUUUACUUAAAAUAUUGUACUUUAAGUUUAUUUAAGAAAAUAAAUUCUAACAAAAAAAAUUAUGUGAUGGAAAACUAAUUAUAGAUUAUCAACAAAAAUCCUUUUAAAGAUAAAAAAAAAUUAAACUCACAGUUGAUGAAUCGAAAUAAACAUUCAUAAUUAAAAAGUCCUUGCUUGAAAAACAAAGAAUUAAUAUGA